AAUGCUCCUCCACCACCUUCUCCAUCUCCACCACCUCCAGUUAAUUCCCCACCCCCUCCAUCACCAUCUCUAUCUCCACCUCCACCUCCACCACCUUCUCCAUCUCCACCACCUCCUCCAUCGCCAUCUCCACCUCCACCUUCUCCAUCCCCACCACCUCCUCCAUCGUCAUCUCCACCUCCACCACCUCCUCCAUUUCCACCACCUCCAGUUAAGUCUUCACCUCCACCACCUUCUCCAUCCCCACCACCUCCUCCAUCGCCAUCUCCACCUCCACCCCCACCUCCACCUCCGCCUUGCAAUAAUAAAUCUCCUCCCCCACCAUCUUUAUUCCCUUUUCCAAUACUAUUUCCCUGGUUGCGAACUCCACCUCCGCCACCUAAUUGUACUCCUCCACCACCUUUAAUAAACUCCCCCCCUCCUCCAUCGCCAUCUCCACCUCCACCACCUUCUCCAUCUCCACCACAUCCAUCCUCGCCUCCUCCAUCGCCAUCUCCUCUACCUCUAGUUAAGUCCCCGCCUCCCCCAUCGCCAUCUCCACCUCCACCUCCACCUCCACCACCUUCUCCAUCUCCACCACCUCCAGUUAAGCCCCCACCUCCCCCAUCACCAUCUCCACAUCCACCACCUUCUCCAUCUCCCCCACCUCCAAUUAAGUCCUCGCCUCCUCCAUCGCCAUCUCCACCACCUCCCAUUAAGUCCCCGCCUCCUCCAUCGCCAUCUCCACCUCCACCACCUUCUCCAUCUCCACCACCUCCAGUUAAGUCUCCGCCUCCUCCAUCGCCAUCUCCUCCUCCACCACCUUCUCCAUCUCCAUCACAUCUAGUUAAGUCUCCGCCUCCUCCAUCGCCGUCUCCGCCUCCACCACAUUCUCCAUCUCCAUCACCUCCGGUUAAAUUUCCGCCUCCUCCAUUUCAAAUAAUUAUUCCACCAUUGUCACAACUACCUCCACUCCGAUUUCCGAAAUCCCUAUUUCCCAUUGGUCGGCAACUCUAG